AACCCACCUUCGUGACCACAACCAUGCAACCACAAUCCCUCUGCAGGCUUCGGCCUCUCCCAUAAACACGUUCACUACCUCUACAGCUCUGAAAUUCUCUCAGACAACCCCCGACGCCACAAUGGCGACCCAAACCUCACCCGCAUUCACCACAGCCUUGCUCUCCGGAGCUCUAGCAGGCACCACAGUCGACCUCUCCCUCUACCCUCUCGACACUCUAAAAACGCGCCUCCAAUCCUCCUCCGGAUUUCUCGCCUCAGGAGGUUUCACUGGCAUAUACCGCGGCGUAGGAAGCGCCAUCAUCGGCUCUGCUCCUGGCGCUGCUCUAUUCUUCAGCACCUACGAAUAUACGAAGAGCUUCCUCUCAGCCCGCCGACACGCGACUGGGACUAAUGGAGAAAAUGGAGACUGGACGGCCCCGAUUGAACACAUGCUUGCUGCUAGCUUGGGAGAGGUAGCUGCUUGUGCAGUGAGGGUGCCUACAGAAGUUGUGAAGCAGAGGGCGCAGGCGGGUCAAUAUCCAAGUUCGUUGUUGACGCUACAAGCUAUUUUGGCACAGCAUAGAACGAUUGGUGUCUCGGGAGUAUGGAGAGAAUUGUAUAGGGGCUGGUCAGUCACGAUUAUGAGAGAGGUGCCGUUUACGGUCAUACAGUUCCCGUUGUGGGAAUCGAUGAAGGAAUAUAGAAGGAGGACAUCUGGCAAGGAGAGCAUUAGUGCUUUUGAGAGUGGAGUGUUUGGUAGUUUGGCGGGGGCCAUUGCGGCUGGGACUACGACGCCGUUGGAUGUGUUGAAGACGAGGAUGAUGUUGGCGAAAGAGAAGACGGCUAUGAUACCUUUGCUGAGGCAGAUCCUGAAGGACAGCGGUCCUAGAGCUUUCUUUGCUGGGAUUGGGCCCAGAAUAUUGUGGAUUAGUGCUGGAGGAGCCAUAUUCUUGGGAUCAUAUCAGUGGGCAUACAAUUCUCUUUCUGGCGAAAGCAGAAGGUAGCUAUGAAUACGGGUUGGGUGGCGGAUAUGCAUAUAAAUGGCGUUGAGCAGGAUUGGAAGACCCCGCUCUUCUUUGUAUGAACAAAUGUACAUUUCGUUGUAAGAUACAGAAACAAGUUUUUGAAAUACAUAGA